GAUUUUCUUCACUUUUUAGUUCGGGUUAAAUUUGCUGAGAUGACAGCAGCUGUGGCGGCAUUGGUGCUUUUCUUAGCUGCUAUUGACUGUCAGGUUCUGGCAAGGCUUCCUCGGCCAGUCAUGGAACGAGAAUCACUGUACCUGGCUGCUGGAGCAGUAGAGGCUGUGUUGUCCAAGGUACGACAUGAUAAUACCUCCGUCCUCGUGCUCACAGAUCGCAAUACGUCACCUUCUACGGUCUUCCUGAUGAGAGCUGGACUCUUCGCCCCCUGGGGAAUGGGAGUGUUUGAAAUGAUAACACAUAAUCAAGACACGAACGAAACCUUACCUCAGAUUACUCAGGUGAUCAGCGAGGCUCGUCGGCUGCGGCAAGUGUCAUGGAGUCUGACGGUGGUGGUGGUGAGCGACGACCCAGCCUUCCUCGCCGCCUUCGCCGAGUGGUCCCUCAAGGGCCGCCUCCUGGUGUGGCCGACGAGGCUCCUCGCCGUCACUCACCUGCCCCUCUCGGAACUCCAACAUCUUUAUGGAAUGUUUUCAAAGACGAACUCCCUGGUGCUUACUGUGGACAACACCAUAGCUUCCAUUAGGUAUAAUGUGUACAUGCACGUGCCAUUCACUCCUCGGGAAGACCAAGUACUUCGUGUUGCAUCGUGGACUCCUGAGAAAGGUCUUACCAUCAACAGUCAUUCGACACUUUUUGAGGAAAAAUUUUCCAAAUUUCCUCAUCGGCCAACUCUUGUGGCGACGAUGAUAGAAGGUGCAAUACAAAAGAAAGUCAUGCUAGACGACGAGAGAGCACCGGGAAGAAAACGAGUCUGGUUCAAGGGGCCCAUGACAGAUAUCCUGGAUUACCUCUCUAAGGGACUCAAUUUCACAUUCGUGUUCGCCCGGCCUCCCAAUGCAUUAUUCGGCUCCAGGCACGCCAACGGGUCUUGGUCCGGCAUGUUGGGUAUGGUGGCCAGGGAGGAAGCGGACAUAAGUGUGGCGCCCUUCAGCGUUAGCGCCAGCAGGAUGGAGGUUGUAGACUUCACCUGGCCAAUGGAGAUAAACUACCUCAGGAUCCUGGCUGGUCGAGGGCGGCCGGAGGUGGAUCCGUGGGGCUUCCUGCUGCCCCUGUCGCCGAUGGUGUGGGCGGCCAUCCUGACGAUGCUACUAGUGUUGCCUGCCACUGUGUUCCUGUUGAAAACGUGUGUUUUUCAGACUAUUUCUGGCACUACAAGCUGGAUGGCGAAGGCAUACGACUUCAUUCGUAUAAUUCUUCAACAAGACGUAUCCCUCUGCUCUGCGUGGUGGUGGGAGCGGGUACUGUUGGCGGUGUGGAUGUUGAUGACUCUGGUGUUAACACGGAGCUACGCCGGCAACCUCAUGUCCCUCCUGGCCGUGAGACACAUCGCUGAGCCCUACCAAACACUCCGAGACGUAGUAGAUGAAACAUCGACAUCUGUAAUAUGGCAGAAAGAAUCGGAAAUCGAACAGUAUUUUCGUUCGGUGAAGAGUGGUAUCCUGAAAGAGGUAGCCGACAUGGAGCAAGACGCACGAGUGAGCCGCAAGAAGAAUUAUGAGUAUCUGAGGAGCAUUGACACGCUGGUCAGGAGAGGGGACCACGUUCUGGUGGUUCACGAGGGACUCUUGAACAUCCUGCUGGGCCAGCACUUCUCUCUAACAG